AGCUAUGGGAGAAUAAAGAGAGAUGGAGGCAACGAAAGAGAAGAUGGAGAAGGAACAGAACAAGAGGAGAGACGAAUCUGCCGUCAAGAAUCAUGCAGGAAAGGCCGAAGACACGGUCAGAGCGAUCGUUCGCGAAUCCAUAGUUGAAGGCGGAAGCGACGGUAACAGAGACGGAGGUGAUAGCGCUCGCAAGCCGGAAGACAUUCUUGCUUUCUCAAGAACCGUACGGAAGAUCGAUUCCUCGCUUGAGUAG